UGUCCCCGGAGGUGGUGGUAUUCACGAAACACGAGGUGGAGCAGGAUACUCCCAACGUGCUCAUCUGCUACGCGCGGAAGUUCUGGCCGCCCGUGCUGUCCAUGACCUGGUUCAAGAAUGGGCAGGAGGUGUCGGAAGGAGUCUUGGAGACCGUGUUCUAUCCCGGGGAGGACAACACAUUCCGCAAGUUCACCUCCCUGACCCUGGUGCCGAGCCCGGACGAUUACUACGACUGCCAAGUGCAGCACGAGGGAAAGAAGGAGCCGCAGCGCACGCACUGGG